UGAGAAUGAAUCACUCAUUGGCAAAAUAAACAUCAUGACAAGAUAAGUAAAAUUAAAAAACAACAAUAAAUAAAUAAUUAAAUAAAUAAUUCUACUUGUUAUAAUUGUUCACUUCCAAGUAUAACUAUCACAAAAAAUAACAACAAUAAAUAUAUAAAAAAAAAAAUUAAACAAAUCUAUAAGCUAGAUAAAAAAAUUCCACUUGUUACCAUGUACAUCCAAGUAAUUACUAAUUAAUAAUUAUAAUCAAAAGCCUGUAUUAAUGAUAAAUAAUAAAAAAAAUCAUAAAACAAAAAUAAAAAUAAUUUUUUCAAUUAAUUCCAAAUCAGCUUGAAUUUAAAAAAUAAAAAAAACAACAACAAAAAUCUAUUGAUGAUAAACGACACGUGUUAGUAUAGACAACAUGCUAAUAUUUGAAUUUGAAAUAAAUAAUAUUUUGCAUAGAGUAUCCUUGCUUACACCUUAACAAGUAAAACAUAUUUUCAACUUCCUAUAUACCAACAAUAAUCUCGUCAAUUUUCUGCAUAAUCAAUUGACAAUUGUUGAAUCAAUUAUUAUUUAUUUAUUUUUUUUUCAUAAAAUAUAUAAUACAUAACAGUGCCCACGUUUAAUUAGUGAUUCAUUGAUAUGUAUAUAAAAUUGUUAAAUACAUCAUAUCCAAAGGUGGGCAUAUUUAAAACACGAAUCAUUCGUUUGGCUUGGUGGCCUUCUAACUAUACUUGACAAUGAAAUUAUUUAAAGAUCAUACCAACAUAAGUCUACGUUAACAGACAAGUAGUCUGGAUCAGUGACAAAUUAAUUAAUUAAUUUUGUCAUAUUUAUUUUAUUAAAAAUACAUAUAAUAAUAUUCCAAAAAAUUAAAAUUUAAUUAUUAAUUUUUCUUAAUGAUUUUUGUAAUUUUGUAUGACAAUGUUUUUUGUUGAAAUAUUCUUUUUUCGUUAAUUUAAUUUGACUUGAUGAUGACUAGAUAUGGUAGGAUAAAAUGAUCAUUUAAUAAUGAUAAUAAAAAAAUAAUUGUAAUUACUUAUUAUGCUAUUAUGUCCCCUCUUUUUUAUUUAGUUAUUUUGCAAAACGCCUCGCGAUAUUGAAAAUUUGUUUUUGUCAGCUUGCCGAAACGUUUGAAAAUACGGUAGGGAGACUAAAUAUAUAACAGGGCUUGGGGGCUUGAUAUCUUGACAGUUUUAGAAGAAUCAACGUGUUGAACAGAUCACUUCCUAGUGUACAUAAAUUUGCAGAAAUGGCAUUGGUACCAAAAAAUUACUGGCGUGAUUGGUGGGAAGAUUUUGAACGACCACAACGUCUUUUGGAUGAACAUUUUGAAAUGGCAGUACAAAGAACAGAUCUUUUAAAAAAUUUAUCAUGGCCAAUAAAACGUACAUAUUACAGACCAUGGAGAAAUUUGUUGGAUGCAACAAGUACUGAAAUAAAACUUGAAAAUGAUUGUGAUAGAUUUAAAGUUAUUCUUGAUGUUGGUGCAUUUUCACCACAUGAAAUAAUUGUUAAAACAAUUGAUAAUUCAAUAAUUGUUGAAGCUAAACAUGAAGAAAAACCAGAUUCACAUGGUUUUGUAUCAAGAAAAUUUUUAAGACGUUAUGAUUUACCAAGAGGACUUGAUAUAAGUCGUGUUAUGUCAAAUUUAUCAACUGAUGGAAUACUUACAAUAACUGCACCAAAAUUAAAACCACCACCUGGUACACGCAUUGUUCCUGUUGAACGCACCUAUUUUCCAGCUCUUAAACGUUAAUUUGACAUUCAAAUAACAAUCAAGGCCAAAUAAAAAAACAAAAUUUCUGUCGCAGUUUGUACUAUUCUUCUUGCUACAUCGAUCCGAAAUAAUUAUACGACCGAAUAAACCUUACAAUUUUGAAGAAAAACAAAAAAUAAAUUAACAUAAAUUUCGAUGAAAAUGAUUGUUUAAAAAUUUAUUAAAUUAAAUUUAAAAAAAUAAAUAAAUAAUAACAAUAACUAAGUUAAAUAAAAAAUUAAAAAUACUAAAAAAAAUUAUUAUAAAAAGUGGGUGUUAUAUAAUUUAUAAUGCUAAACGAAAAAUACGAAAUCAAAAAUGAAAAAAAAAAUUAUUUAUUAAUGUAAAAAUGUAAUGUUAGUUGAGUUAAUCAAAAUGAGAUUAAUUUAUUAUUAAUUCUCUCAUAUUUAUUGUAUGAAUUAUGUUAAAAUAAUAUUUGAAAAAUGAAUAAAUAAUAUUAUUAAAUAUAUAUAAUUAAAGAUGUAAUGAUUUAUGAAAUAACCCUGCACCCUUUAUUGUUGUUGUUUGUCAAUCAAUCAAUGAUGUAAUUAUGUAAUUAUUAUAAUACAUUGAGGCGUGACGGUUACAUCAAGGACAACCUUGGUGUCUUCAUUAGGUGAUAUUCCGGUUCUAGAAAAUUUAUUUAUUUAUUGUUAACAUCGAAAAUUCGAUCGAUUAAAAAUGCAAUAAAUGUUGGUCGUGUUGGAUUAUAAGCCCAUUAAUAAUUUAUGCAAAAUAAA